CGAUUGCAAUUCGUGUUGCCGAGAGUUGAGGAGUAGUGAGGAGUGUCGAGUCUGCUUUUUCGAAGCGGGUCAGUCAGUCAGUCUGCGUUUACUGCUGCUCCGUCUGUGAAUCAUUUCGCUUGUUAUAAUCGUGAUGACGAUGUGAGGACGGGCGGUGCGUUUGUUUUGAUGUUUCGGUAGUGUGUUUGAUCCAUACUGUUAACAUUUGCGUCGUCGAGCUCUAGAAGAUGCUGGGAGACGAUCCACCGUCCCUAUCGGUAGGUACGGAAGUUAGCGCUAAGUAUAAGGGUGCCUUCUGCGAAGCAAAGAUCCGUAAAGUAGUGCGAUUAGUGAAGUGUCGCGUAACUUAUAAACCGCAAGGUUUAGGAACCGCGACACUUUCCGAUGAUCAAAUAAAAGGGACUUUAAGAGUAGGAGCCUCUGUUGAAGCUAAACAUGUAGAUCGUAAAGAAUAUGUUGAAGCUACAAUUACCAAAAUCCAAGACUGCAGUCAGUACACUGUAGUUUUUGAUGAUGGAGAUAUAACUACAUUAAGGAGAACUGCGCUUUGCCUGAAAAGCGGACGGCAUUUUGCGGAGAGUGAAACGUUGGACCAACUUCCGUUGACUCACCCAGAGCACUUUGGGAAUCCUGUAAUCGGGGGUAGAAGAGGUAGACGAUCAAGGCAAGCGCAGGAUGAAAGCAGCGAAGAUGAAGACAGUCCACCGCGAGGCACUCACGAUUCUGCUUCCAGUGGAGGUACAAAGGAGGGAAUGGAAACUGAACCAGAGAUCGGCAAAGUGGUGUGCGUGGAACUUGGUGACAAAAAGAAGAAGGAUAAUUGGUUCCCAGGAUUAGUGGUUGCACCUACUGCUCAAGAUACAGUAAGAAUACGAGUGAGGGACGAUUAUUUGGUGCGCUCGUUUAAAGAUGCGAGAUAUUAUACAGUACCCAAGAAGGAAGCCACAGAAUUCACCAAAGAAUUGGUUAAUAAAGUUGAGAACAGUACACUGAAGGUUGCGGUAGAGAAAGCGCUUCUAUUCUUAGAGAAAAAUGAAUUACCACCUCACUGGGAUAAGGAUUCUUUAUUUGGGCAUUCUGUUUCCAGCGGAAAUAGUGAUUACGAUGGAGAACUUGACUCCGAUAGUUCGGACGAUGAACCGCGUGAGGAAAAAGACCAUUUUGUGGCUCAACUAUAUAAAUUUAUGGAUGAUCGUGGGACGCCUAUGAAUGUUUGUCCAAUGAUCGGAUCCGAAGAUAUAGACUUGUAUAGGCUUUUCCGGGCUGUUCACAAAUUAGGCGGUUACAAUCGUGUCACGAAUCAGAAUCAAUGGAAAGCUGUAACACGACGACUUGGUUUAAUGAUGCAAAAUUCGGGACCUUUGUACAAUCUCGUGAAACAGGCUUAUAAGAAAUAUUUGCAUCACUUUGAAGAUUUUUAUAAAAAAUUAGGCUGCACCAUGGUAAAUCAUCCGCGAAGUAGCACGCGUAAACAACGCUCUGGAAGAAGUCUAAUUCGCGAUAAAGACAGAAAUACCCCUGUACCACCGCAACCGCCGGCGCAAGUAAAAAGUGACAAGGAUGAGGACGAGAAGAAAGCUGCGGAUGACGAGAAGAAGGAGAUUAAGAAGGAACCAGUGAAAGAAGAGGAGAUUAUAAAAAUAAAGAAGAAAGAAGAAUCUGAGGGGAAUGAUAGUAGUCAGGAGAGCGAUGUAAAUAUAGAAGCAGAGGUCGAAUCAUCAUCUAAUACUGAAAAAUCGCAAAAACCAACCGCGCAAGUUUCUACAUCAUCUCCUACUACUUCUAUUGGCGCAUCAUCAGCAAGUACAUCGUCCGGCCGAGCCAAAUCAAAAAGUAAAGAAGAUGCCAAGAAAAAGACGACCGAAAAGAAGAAGACGGAAACUAAAAAGCAAGAGAAGAAAGAUGAUAAACUCAAGGAAGAAGAAGCUACUAAGACGAGAUCCAAAGCGAAGGAUGAUACUGUAAAGAAUAAAAGUGCUUCCGAAGGAAGGGAGACUCGAACACCAUCCAGAGAAGGGGAAAAGAAAACGUUAUCAAAGCAGCGACGUUUAACGGACGAAGAAUUGAAGAAACGAGGAAGAAAACGCAAAGAGUAUGAAGCGGAGAAGUCGCGUGCCGAUGAACAACUUACGGAGACUGCCCCGAGUUACAAGGGUCCCGUGGAGUGUGGCGAUAAAUUGAAGGUAUAUUACGGCCCAACUCACGAAUCCAAAGUUACUUACGAAGCAAAAGUUAUCGAAAUUGAGAAGGACGGCCCAGAACCGAUGUACCUUGUACAUUAUACAGGUUGGAAUACGAGAUACGACGAGUGGAUUAAAGCAUCCAGAAUUGCCCAGAAUUUUACACAAGCUCAAGGCAGGGUGAAACGUAUCAAGGCCACUCCUAGGCCUCAAACUCCCAGUACGAAUCUAUCCAACAGCAUCAGCAAUAAGAUGAAAGGCACUUGCAGUUCGGGCGCUAACGCAACGCAGAGCCGUCGCCGAGCACAAAGUGUCGCUCCUACUUCCAGUAGCGUUGCUCAGUCAAUUUCGACGUCCGCGAAGGAAGUUAAGAAGGAGGAAAAGGACAAGGACAAGGAAACGAUGCAACCGACCAGGUCCACUACACCGCUCUCCGUUGCCAGCUCAAGUUCUAGAACUAAGAGUCCUGCCACGCCUGCUAACAGGCAAACCAGGACAACCAGAAAUACAGAGCUGUCUGGCAUGGAGCAUCGGAGGCGCACCAGAAGAACCUCGGGACAUACGGAUAUAUCUAUCGCGUCGGAAACCGAAGAUAGUGAGGCUUAUGAAUCCGACACUACCGAGACUGAACAGAUUAAGACUAAAACAAGAGGUACGGAGGAAAGAAAACGGAAGGAGACGCGUAGUAGAGUGGAAGAGAGAAUUAAAGCGGAAGACGUGAGUGACGGUGAAGAUGACAAGGAUAAUCUGGAUGAACCGCGUAAAGGUAGACGUUUGAGAAGAACACCCGGCAAAUCCCAAGGUAUUAAAUCGGAACCUGAUAGCGACCAGGAGGAACAACCGAAAGGUCGCGAUUUCGAUCUCAAUCAAAUACGAUCCGAAUUAAAAGGUUUCGAUAAAGCGGUCAAAGAGUUGGUUAGAAUAGAGCCUGAACCCGAGGAUGAAAUCAAGCAGGACGAAAAAGAUAGCAUAGUAGCGAUCACGGCAUCACCCAAGUUGGAAAAAACCGUUGAGACUCCAAAAGUGGAAACUAUCGUCGAGACGAAGAUAGAAAGUACGGAAGAUAUAUACGAGUUUAAAGAACCGGAGCCGUUCGAGUUCGAGGUGAGGAACAAGAGGGACACGAGCGGUGAGAAGGAUAAAUUGAAAAAGAGAAUAUUUGAGGAUGAGCCUAAGAGUCCGAAGAAGAAGCAGAAAACGCCGGUCGCGAUGCCGGUAUUGAAAGAAACGAAACCACUGGAACCACCGGAUAAUGAUUCUCGAAAGAAACCGAGGAAAUUAUUCGGUAAGAGAUCCGACGAUGUGAACGAAGCAACGGUGGCAGUUGCUUCUGGCAGCAAACCUACUCAGGUCGCAUCGUAUAUGGCGUGCGAGGACGUUUUUAACAAAUUUUGCGAGUCCACGUCGUCGUUUAAUCAACUGAAAUCAAUGACUACCGUGGAGGAACUUCCCAAUAAGAUGUCCGGCUGUUUAAGUCUUUUGUUCAACGAUUUGCCGCCGGAUGACGAGGGUACGCGCGAUGAUUCGGAAGACCGUCUAAUUAUAUCAGAGACCGAGGUAUCGGAGGCGGAACAGGACAACGUGUUUACGACGUAUCAACAAGAGAUUCAGUUCCACAGCGGCGGCGAAUUAGCGGACAUGACCGAAUCUAAAAAAAACGAAACGAGUACCGCAAUUGAAUGCUCGAAGGAAGAAAUCAGCAAGGCAACAGCCAGCAUGAGUAAUAGUAACAAACCCGCUAAUUCACUGGAUCAGAAACAGAAUCAGAUCAAGUUGUUGCCUACAGUUGGACAAUCGCAAUCGGAAUUGAGGAUGCUGGACACUAAGUUGCUCGAUAUCACCCCGGUUCCGUCGCCGAUCGUGACACCUCCGGCUCCCAUAAGCGCAAGACUGCCGGCGACGUCCACGAUAGAGGAAAAAUUAUCGGCCGCUGCUAUGGCGUUCCGAAACAAAACUAAAGACGCCAAAAAGAUUGCGGACGAGGACACAUCCGAUCUCGCGCGCAAGAUAAUCAAAGAUGCAUCAAAGAAAUCAGACGUUUUACAAAGAAACAAAGACGCGGAUCGCAGUAUUACUGUGAUUGAAAUAGAUGAUAAGAAACGCGAACAGGAAGAGAUUAACGUGAAAGAUCCGUGCAGAGAGAUCAUGCGUAUGGCGAUUAAAAAAGAGGAUGAGGUGCAACAAUUGAAGCCAAAGAAAGAAGCAGAACUGAAGAAGUUGAAGGAGGAUGCAAAGAUCAUCGCUGAGCACAAGACCAAGUUGCAGGAAGUUUCGAGGGACGAAAGCUGGAAAAACGUCGAGAACGAAAGUGGUAAACAGUCCGAAGAGGAGUAUAAUAAAGUGACCGAUCAAAAGGAAAAAGACAGAAUUGAAAAUCGUAAAAAACAAAUCAAUCAGGAUCACAUUAUAGAUUCCACAGAUAGCAGUGAUUCGGAACAGAGGCUCGUGAUAGACAAUGAGGAAUCGCAAGAUGUUAAAGUAUCGACGUCCAGCUUUGAUGUGAAGCUACAAGCGGAAUUGGAUCGUAUACAGAAUAGAGAGCAAGAUAGAUAUGCGAGGGGACAGCCCUCAUUGAAAGCUUCGCAGAAUGUUCAACAUCAGCAGCAACAACAACAGCAAGAAUGUGCGGAAUUCAAGGUCGACGUAACACCGGUUUCAAAGACGGACGAAGAGGGCGAGACGAUGAAUUCACUGCUAUGCGAAGAGGAGAUACCCGGCUCACCGGCUCCGCCGUCCGAGAGCAUCGAACAAGUCAAUGUCGGUCCCUCGUGUAGCCCGCCCAAGAGUGAAGUUACCGAGAGCAGCAUAGUACUGAUGGAGAUGCCUUUUGCGAGCGCACCAACCUCAGGUCAAAGUACGACGAGCAGCAGCAGCACUGUUGUCACCCUCAGCAUGGCAUUGCCAAAGACCGUGGAGGCGUCGAUACCGGUUUCUCUGCCAAUGCAACAAACCGCAUCUUUAAGUAUGCGGCAGCCACAGCAGCAGCAGCAACAACAACAACAACAUCAACAUCAGCAGCAACAACACGUACCGGUUUUAAUGCCACCGCAACGACGAGAGAGCAACGAGGCCGCGCCAGUGAUGGACAAUACGCCGCCGACCACCCCCGAUUCGAGUAUAUCCAAUAUCUCGGGCUCGCCCAGAGAGGAGAGAACCGGCGGCUCGUCGCCGAUCUCCGAAGACAACAUUAAGCUCAAUCGCGACAGCUUCGAGGCGGACAACGACAGUGCCGGCAAAGGCCCGGGUUUCAGUGAGGACGACACUCUGCCAAACUCCGAGGGCAACUGUGCGGACAGAAUUCUCAAACCGCCCGCUAAACGCUCGAUCGACGACAUGCAGUCACCCAAGAAGCGCAAGAGAAAUCGCAAGCACUCGGAAUGCGGCGCCGGCGGCGGUGCCGUCAUACCGAAGAAACCCGGUAGACAGAAUAGUAGGCAUGGUAGAUACGGAGCUGGAAGUGACAGCGACGAUACCAGCGAAGGAUCUAAUCUUUGCGGGGUUAACAACACGCCGACGAGUCACGCCAACACCAUUACCAGUGUUCCUGAUCUUGGCACCUACUCGUCGAGAUCACCAAGACCAACAAAGUAUAACUUUUACGUCGAAUUAGAUCCUGAAUUGGACGGUAGUCAAAGGAUAGCUGUGCUACAGCAGAAAUUAAACGACUUGCGGAAGACGUAUAAUGCCGUGAAGGUCGAGCUCGCCGCUAUAGAAAGACGCCGAAAGAAACUACGAAGGCGGGAACGAGAGGCGAUGAAAGCAGCUAAAGCAGAAAUGCAACAAGCUUGUUCGUGAUAAACAGUGUUGAAAAAAAUCAUUCUUUCCUCGAAUAGUAAGUAAAACUUUCGUAUUUCGACUUUCAGAGAUAUCGAAGUAGCAAUCGUCGACACGGGCAUCAUGCAAUCAUGACAAUUUUUAUCUACGUACAUCUCGUUUAGAUAAUAUUUGUUCCUGCACACUUUUUUGUAUUAAUAAACUGUAGAUAUAGUCGUAAGAUUUAGAAUGAGGAUGCGUUUAUCAGAGCGAUAUACGCGAUAUAUGAUAAAUAUUGUACAUUGUUUCGUCAAGUUUCGUCAUUGAAUAAUUAAAAAAUUUUUAUCUUGUCACCUCAGAUGCAAAGUACAAAUUAUCAAAACUGAUGAUCGUUUUUCAGGUAUUAUUCAUUUCUCUUUUUUCGUUACAAAAAAGGAAAGAAUUAUCGAUAGUUACAUAUAUUAUUGGUACAGACAUCUUGGGAACAAGUAAUUAACUAAGCUGGCUAUCAUUUCUGUUUUUCGAGCACGACCGCACCGAUUGCGGUUGAGCUGUUUUCACACGAUAUUGAAAAAGUCAAAGUACAUAGUGUCAUAAAAAUUCCAGUGACAUCGUAUGAAUAUUGCAUGUAUUGUAAGAAAAAAUGUGUAAAUAUUACAGAUUAGAGUAAAAUUGUGAAUUGUUAAGCAUUGUGUGUGUGGGACGAUUACGUCACGCAUGUGUAUACAUAAAAAAUUCUUGUUUAAAUAAUAUAAAUAAUGUCACAAUUUUUCAUUUUGUGAUUCUGGACAUUACGAGCAAUGGCUUCAUAAUCGUGGAGUGUAAAAGAUGGAAUGUUUGUAUUGCUAUUUUAAUUUAUGUAUAUAACACAACUAAAAUAAAAUGCUAUUA